AUGAGGCCCGGGCUCAAGCACCUGGGCAUUGCCUCGGUGAUUUUACUGCAUGCCAUAUUUGCUGCAUUUUACGUGGAUGUGUUCACACGGCAGCACAUGCCGAGCGUUGAGCACCGUGGGGUAGGUACCGUUGGCGGGAAUAACCUGCGUUUCUUCUGGUACUUUGGGCUGGGCCAGCUGCUGUAUGUUGUGUGGAAUGGCACGCAGGGCGUAGCUUUUGAAAUGCAGAGGUGCAGGUGGUUCCCUGUUGUUGCCUAUCUGAAGCUUUGGCGAUUGUCACGAGCGGGUCCCAUCUGGGCUGUGUCCUUCAUCUUUCUAUGGCCACCAUUCAGUGUAUCAUUCCUUUCUCCUGCAGUCCAGUUUACGCUCUGGAUGGUUUUAUACGAUUAUCUCUUGGCGCGCUGCGAGGCGGCACUGCGAACGUUGUCCAGGGAGGAGUUCAGACCAAAUGAGCGCGGCUUCAUCGUGUACCACAUAUUGAGUGGCGUGGGUGUCGCGACGGCGUACUACCUGUGCGAGUUGGGUGGUGUUAGGAAGGACGGGUUGUUUGCAUUUCGGUGCUUCACAACGAUAUGUGGAUUUCUCGCGGCGCUACUGCUCUACGCCUACGGUGGUCAGAAGUGCAAAAUGCUGAAAGGUCACGAGUGCGUGGACGAGUGCGGCACGGCGAAUUCAGAAGAGUUUGUUCGAUUUGCACUACAAACUAUGAAUCGGUGCAGCAUGAAGGCAGGAAUGUUGUUUUGGGCACUUCAGGGUUACAGUUCUCUCUUUGCGACAUCGUUCUUCAAUAUGUUCUUAGCGAUGAGUGGUGACACUGUCUGCAUCCCUGUGCGGAUCUUUUUUUUGUUGCUGCUGCAUGCUGCACCGCACGCCGUCGUUGCUGUUGCCGCCCCAUUUUUUAAGGUGUUGGGAAAAAAACGCGUCAUUGGUGGUUUCCUGGCCGCGAGAGCCAUGCUAGGUGUCCUCUUUCUUGCCGUUGCCACGCACGAGGUUCAAUGUGUUUUUGUCUUUAUGAGCGCCAAGAUGUCCUCAAGCUUGUUUGUAUUGCUGCUUUUCUUGAACCGUGUGCUGACAGAUGCCGUGGGGAUUAUGCAGGAGUCUAUUCUCUGCGACCUCGUAGACGAGGACACCGUCAUCUUCUUUCGCGUGAAUCCGGCGACAGACAUGACGAGACGCUUGCUAGCGAUGGCGGCGAAGCCGUUGGAGUCGGUGGCAGUAGUGGUGACAUCUCUGGGUCUCGCGUGCAUGGGGUGCAGCCACGCAACACACCUUGAGGAGGCUGCGGCUGCCGUGGCGCUUGCCGGUGCGACGGUGCUCUUGACUUCCUCGCUGAUGCUGUGGGGAUGGAUGCACUACUACAAACUUGAAGGGAGCCAUCUGCAGUUUGUGCGGAUGGCGUUGCGUAAGCGCGCCGAUAAGGAUGGCCGAAUGAUGCUGGUCUGA